UCUCUCUCCUCUUUGAUUUCAGAGAGAGAGAAGGAGAGAGAGAGAGGAAAAGCUUCUGGUUCUUCUUCUUCUUCUAUAUUUGAAUGGAUUUCACCUCCAAACCUUCCCAUUCUCAAAACCCACCAAAUUUUCCUUAAAAACGACACCAAAAUGACGAGUUCUACCACUGAUGAUGUCGCCGCCGCCCCACAUUUCAAGGAUCUCGCCAUUAAACUCUUCGGUCGGACCAUCCCUUUGAAGGAAUCCCAGAUUUCCGCCGCCCCUCGCGUCAAUCGGGAUGCUUGCAAUAAUUGGAAACAAGCUGAGCAGUCUGUCCUGGGUGCAGAGGACUCAUGUCGGUCCGAGAGGUCGUCGGUUUUGGUAGGGGAUAACGAAGAACACCGAGCUUCGAAAGAGGAACAGAUGGAUGGUAAUGGCACAGAUCAAGAACGAGCUUUUAAGAAACCAGACAAGAUCAUUCCUUGUCCUAGAUGUAAUAGUUUGGAAACUAAGUUUUGUUACUUCAACAAUUACAAUGUCAAUCAACCUAGGCAUUUCUGUAAGAACUGUCAAAGAUAUUGGACUGCUGGUGGGACGAUGAGAAACGUUCCUAUCGGUGCAGGACGACGAAGAAACAAGCAGUUGGCGUCUCAAUACCGACAGAUCAUAGUGUCGUCUGAGGGAGUUGCGGCGACAACCCGGUUGGAAACGUCGGGUGUUGAGUCUACUGGUAAUGGUACUGUCCUGAAAUUUGGAUCUGAAGCAGCACCACUUUGUGAAUCAAUGGAGACAGUGCUUAGUCUUGGAGAUCAAAAGAGAUCCAUUGAGAUUGGCUGUGGAGACAGUCCUGAAGAACCGUCCUCGUGCGGUUCUUCCAUGACAACGACUAGUAUUCGUCGAAACGAAUUGCCUAAUUCUAGUACCGAGAUCGCUGGAUCGAAUACGGUUCAUUGUUACCCCGUACCACAAUUGGUUUUUCCAUUGAAUCAGGGCGGGAAUGGCGUAAUCCCAUCAGCAAUGGCACAGAGUUCAGAUACUACCAGCAGUCACCCCAAUCCAGUUCAAUGGCUCCCUGCAACAAUGCUAGCAGUUCCAGGCUUUUGCGGUCCGAGCCUCCCGUUACAAUUCGUACCAGCUUCAUAUUGGGGUUGUACGCCCGUAUGGACCACCGGUUCAUCCGAUGUCUGUGCAUCUCAAACAUCUCCAGCCACCAUCAGCAGGUGCCAAACAUCCUCGUCGCCUACUCUCGGAAAGCAUUCGAGAGAUGCAGAUAGCUUAACCGAGGAAGAGAAGCCAGAGAAAUGCAUCGUGAUUCCUAAGACAUUACGAGUCGAUAAUCCGAGCGAGGCUUCUAGGAGUCCCAUGUGGACGACAUUGGAAGCUCCAAACAUCUUGGAAGCAAAAAAUGGAAGCUUUUACUCGCUUUUAUAGAGUUUAUUUUUGUCGUUGUUGUUGUUUCUUUGACUGACUGUGUUAAAAGCUGUUCAUAAAUGUCUGAAAGCUUUGCAGAAAUUUGGUACAUAGUUUAGUAUCUAUUUGUUUAUGAAAUUUUGUAAAAUAUUUAUAUUUGGUCCCUCAACUUUCAUGAAUUUGUUGUUUA